UACACUGCCAAGAAAUGAAACGAUCUAGGGAAGACAUUCAUGUGAAUACAUUUACAACACUAAUAGUGUAUUAUGGCUUGCAGGUGAAGCUCGUUGUGGGAAGUCGGGUUUGAUCUAUUUCGGCGUUCCCUAUCGCCCAGAAUGCUCAUCCAACGAAUGCCGAAUUGGAAUAGAAUAAGAACGUCGGCCGCAGGUCAUUGUUUAAGGUAGAAAUGGCGACUGUCACUCAAUCAAAUGCAUCUGGAAGCCCGAAUGCUACGGGAGUGUGGAAUCGAUUGUCUCCAGAAGAGUUUCAACAGCUCCAGGAGUACACUAAGUAUGCCAAGACACGCCGACUGACAGAUGUUCUCCAACAGUUCCGUGAUGGGGUUUACCCUCAGUAUAACCCAGAGAAGCCAAUGGACUAUGAAGGCUUCAAGUUAUUUAUGUCUGCUUAUCUUGGUAGUAAUGUGAGUGAGGAAUUAUGUGAACAUCUCUUUUGGGCAUUCCAUAAACAAGUCGCUGUGCAGUCUCCAUCUUUGUCACAAACUAUCAUAGAUAGUGUAGCUGUAUCAGUGGUUGCAUCCAAUUCGCAACAAGAUCUAAACAAACCUGACAGAAGACUUUCAGAAAUUCCAGGUAUCCACAGUGGAGCUGGAACAGCAGCGCUGGUUGCCACAGCAGCUGCAAUAGGGGUUGGUGAUAAACCUGAAAUAACACUAUCUAAAGCCAAUGAUGAUGUUGCAGAGUCCAAUGUUAAAGCUAAUGGAUCACCCACAGUUAAAACUAAUAAUAAUGAUUCUAAAGGCAGUAUACAACCUUCGCUCACACUGUCACCAGCGCCUGCUCAAGAUACUUUAGGGCUUGGUACGUGGGGGCGAAAGUCACCUGAUUUAAAACAUCACUUCCGAAGACAUUCUAGUGGCUCAUUUAUGGCUUUUAAAGUGGCCAACGAACAUCCUCCUGCACAUCCCCGCUCAAGUUCGCAGAGAAAGAAAAUGUCAAGUGAACAUGUGAACCUUCUGAAUGCCAAUCCACAGGCCAAAACAGUGCCUAUGGUUUCCAUCAGGGAGAUUGCUUGUUAUCUUUCCAUGCUGGAAGGUGGCAAAGUCGAGGACAAGCUAGAGUUUGUUUUCAGAGUUUAUGACAGUGAUGGAAAUGAGUAUCUAGAUUCCCAGGAGUUGGAAUGCAUUACUCAGCAAAUGAUGAGUGUAGCUCAAUAUCUUGGUUGGGAUGUCACAGAACUCAAACCAAUCUUGCAGGACAUGUUGGUAGAGCUGGACGAUGAUGCUGAUGGUCAGAUAUCUUUGGAUGAGUGGAUCAGAGGAGGACGUAAUACAAUACCACUCAGAGUAUUGCUUGGUUUAGAAACUCAAAUUCUAGAUGAUGGUCAACAUCAGUGGCGUCAAAAACGCUUCAACAGAAAUGCUUUCUGUAACAGAUGUCUUAAUGUGCUGAAUGGGUUUGCUCUUAGUUAUCAAGGUCUUCAGUGCCCAUUUUGUAAGUAUACAGUUCACGAGCGUUGUGUUGAAAGAGUACCAGCAUCUUGCAUUACCACAUAUGUCAAGUCCUCAAGAAGAAGUGGCAAAAUGAGCAUGGAUCAUCACUGGACAGAGGGAAACUGCCCUGGCAAGUGUUUUAAGUGUGGUAAAGCUGUUAAGAGUAACAACUGUCUAACUGGAUUACGCUGUGCCUGGUGUCAAGUCACGGUUCACAACAAAUGUGCAACUCACAUGGCACCAGAGUGUAAUCUUGGAGAGCACAGAGAGCUGAUCCUACCUCCAGUCUGCAUCUCUCCAGCUGGUGGGCUGGACAGGAAAAAGGACAACUCCACCCCAGAAGCUCAUAGAAAGAGGGCUAACUCUUAUGUCAACUUUGAGGGGAUACCAAUGCAGAUUUCACCAUUACGUGGGACCCAUCCCUUGGCUGUGUUCAUCAACCCUAAGAGUGGUGGGCGACAGGGUGUAAGGUUACUUCAUAAGUUUCAGUACUUACUCAACCCGCGACAGGUCUUCAAUCUCGGCGAUGGCGGACCCGCACCAGGAUUGAAGUUCUUUCAAAGUGUGCCAGAUUUCCGUGUACUGUGUUGUGGCGGAGAUGGAACUGUAGGUUGGGUUCUAGCCACUAUAGAUAAAUUACAGAUAAAGAAGCCACCCCCGGUUGCUGUUUUACCUCUCGGAACUGGAAACGACUUAGCUCGAUGCUUGAAGUGGGGUGGAGGAUAUGAGGGUGGGAGUAUUUCCAAGGUGUUGAGUAUGAUUCAAAAGAGCUCGGUUGUUAGUCUCGACAGAUGGUCCGUUUCGUUCAAACAAACUAACAAAGAAGAUAGUGGAGAUCCACCGCCACUGGACAUCAUCAACAACUACUUUUCAAUUGGCGUAGAUGCGUCAGUUGCGCUCAAGUUUCACUUGCAGAGAGAAAAGAAUCCAGAGAAGUUCAACAGCAGGUUAAAAAACAAAUUUCGUUAUUUUGAAUGUGGUACAUCGGAGACCCUUUCAGCAACUUGCAAGAAUCUGCACGAGGAAAUUGAAAUCAUAUGUGAUGACAUACCAUUAGCCCUGCCUCAGCUGGAAGGAAUUGCAGUAGUAAAUAUUCCCAGUGUAUACGGUGGAGCAAACCUCUGGGGUGAAACGGACAAGAAGAAGGCCAGGCGGUCACGUGCUAAAUCAGGAGGAAGGGACAAUGAACUGGACUGGGCUGUACAAGACAUAGGAGACGGGAAGCUGGAAGUCGUUGGACUUGAAAACACUCUGUUUGUCAGUCAGAUUAUUGUUGGUGUCAGAGCACAUGGCCUUAGAUUGGCUCAGUGCUCCUCAGUUGUAAUAAGGACCAAAAAGCUGUUCCCAAUGCAGAUUGAUGGAGAGCCAUGGAUGCAACCACCAGCUGAGAUUGUGAUCUCACACAAGAAUCAGGUUCCUAUGCUUCAAGGACCGCCACCCGUCAAAAGCUCUUUCUUCUUUAGAAGAAGAAAAGCACGAGACCCUGAAUUGGAGAGUGAGAUUUAAUUUCCCCUGUUUCUGCUGAGGAUAUCUAAUAAAGCGGAGAUGAAUCCAAUGUUGAUAAGGCAAGCUGUACACAAACGCUCAAGCAUCGCCUAAUGGCGGACCAGCAGUGGUAGUUGAUCAGACUGUGUAAGAUGUAAUUUAAUUUGAUAUUGCCUCAGACGAAAAAUGCCGUUCAUCGCUGUUUUAGGAUCUUAUUGAUUUCUUAUUAUUUAAGGGUAUUAUUUUUAGCGCAAACUAGAGUUUGAGGGGAAAAAAGUAGUCGCAUUCUCGCGCCUUGCUCAUCUGGAAUGGUAAGUUAAGCUCUGCGGUUGAAGCGUUAGGUUGCUUUUAGUGGCUGUCAUUAUUUUGCUUACUGAGAAUAUCGCAGCCUCUGUUAAUUAUAUGCGUGAAAGCACUUACUAAGUUGACAAUAGCUUUUACUUGUAUUUAAUUGUCAGUGGGUCAAUUUGGAAGUUUGAAAGGCCUUGCGCUUAGCUAAAUAUUAAUGCUAAAUUAACAAGUGUACAGAAAAAGGCAAACGCUGUUGACCAGCGUAUCAGUCCAGCGAGCCGCAGCUCAGCUGAGAUGUCAAACUUCGUUGUUAUUUAUUGCUAGUUUACGUCUACAAAAGAUAUGUUACGUAGUUAGAAUUUAAGAAGAGUGAAUGACAAAUUUAGAAGGGUCAUGGACAAGCCAGCGUUGCUUAACGUUUCCCUUCACGAGAUCAAAAUAUGGGCUCUCGCUGGCUAUUUGUAGAGCCUUCAGUCGCUAUGCUGUCGGCCCAGAGAAUCUCAAGACGAGAAGUGCGUUGUUGAUCAUGUUGUGGAUAGACUAGUUAACUUUGCUGAUGUUGUAUCAUGACCUGUUUUAGCUGAAUAUUGAAUCUGGUGAUUUACAAUAACUGUCUAAUGAGAAUAUAUAAGAACGAAAGAGUAUAAUAAUCCACGAUGGUUUUCAAUGUUAAAAUGUCUAUUUAAAUACUAAUAUUAUAAGGGAAACUGUUUUUCAUAUCACUGUGAUAUUUAGCUGAAAAGGAGCUCAUUCCAUCAUCCGCAAGCGAACGACAAGUGAUCCGCGGAAUGUGGAUUGAGCGCACACUGUCACACACCUCUAAAAUGCGAUUGGCGUAACUUACGCCGUCUUUGUUACGUUUUUUAAAUGUUUUAAACGACAUUGGGUAUUUGGAAGGUCGUGAAGUAGAGUGGAUUAAACAGUGUGGUAAAAGUGGAUCAAGUAGUGUGGUAAUACCUUUACUGUCGGGUCAUUGUCUCCAUAGUGCUUUUUGUUCUAACGAAUUCCUUGUUGUUGGUCAGAGAGAUGACGGACUUGUUGCACUUUGUUUAAGGGUGUUUUUCUUUAAUGUCAAAAUUCUCGUGAGGGAAAAUUGAAAUGAAAGGUGAAACAAGUGUGUUACGUGUUUUUUUUUUUUUUUUAAUUUACACUGAUACGCUGAUAAAAACACGCUCUCUGCGGUGAAGAUGAAGUUUCCCCCGUUAAGGGUGAGAGAGAGCUACAGAGAGCGCCUGGCUUUGAAUCAGAACGUGAGACGAAUCUUGACUGUAAAGUGAAUCUCUUACAACAACUGAUAGAAUUGUCGUUUGCGAAAAUCAGUGCGAUUAAAAUGUUUUCUGCAAAAGGAGAAUCUUUGCUGCCGUCCUUUUUUUUACAUUUUUCUCCAUUAGCACACGUUUUCAUCGAAAAGAAGUCUAGUUAAGGGAGGAGUUAUUUCAAGAAUUGAAAUAGUGUCUCAGAGUAUGGGAUAUGUGAAAUUUGGAUCUUCUUGCGGGUGAAACUUACUGAAAUAUUCUCCAGCGCAAACGGCCAAAAAUUUUCCUACAUUUCGAUUAUCCAGUGCAAACAUUUUGUUAGCUUAUUGGAAAAUGAAGAGCUUGUGCCAAGGAGAAAAAUAUGUAAACAAAGAUUCCUCUAUGUUAUGAAACCUUUGACUGAGCAAAUGAAACCCUUGGCAUCUCAAUUAAUUGAAGGUCUGUGGUUAAACUCCUUAUUGUAACAUGCAGUUAGUUAAACGGUUAUCGUAUAAGAUAACUGAUAUUAUGGUCUAUUAGUCUAAAAGACUCGCUCAGGUUUUUACAGCUUCAUUGAGCGCGGAUAAAUAACUGAUUGACUUCAUAUAUUUAUUGCUUGUCACAAGUCUUAUUUAAGUGUGAGUUUUAGUUGUAAAUGGUUGUGAUGGUUUGACACCUUGUAUAUCCAGUGAGGUUAACUUAACUAAAUUAAAGCUUGACGAUAACGCAAUAGGAUGUGCGUUUCGUGGAUUAAUUUUU